UGGACUGAUAUUCCUAUCUAACGGAUUACAUUUUGCUUCUUUAUCCGUAGAAAUAUUCUUCAAGGUAUGGUGACUAUGUCAACCCUAUGCGAGCUUCAGGCCUGGCUCAUAUACCACUGGAUACCAAAGGACAACAUCCACUUCAUGUCAGAGAACUUCAAGUCUCGAGAUGUUGGGCUCAGAGCUCAGAAGAAAAUCUUGAGCAGAAUGGCGAAUAAAAGUGUGGCAAAAAUGUUCAUCGACGAUACCACAGCGAGCUUGUUAGACAACCUUUACAAAUUGGCGAAAACAUAUACCGAUAACAAGAAGGAGUCCGAAAAGCUAAUCAAGAACAUCAUAAAGAUAGUUAUCAAAAUCGGUGUGCUCUACAGAAAUGGCCAGUUCAGCCAGGAGGAGCUGCGGUUUGCCGACAAAUUCAAAAAUAAGUUCCAUGCAGCAGCGAUGGCCGUCAUGAGCUUCAACGAAGUAGACUUCUCUUACGACCGCCACUACCUCAAGACAGCUCUUCAAGAGUCGCACCAGGCCAUAAGGCAGCUUGUGGAGAGGCACCUCACUGAGAAAUCUCUUGUUAGAAUCGAUUCAGUGUUUAAUUUCUUCUCUGAUCCUGAAUUCCUAGACGCCGUCUUCAAGCCCAAUUCGGAAUACAAGGAUAUUUUAGACAGGCUUGUUUCUGAUAUGAACAAAGCUAUGGACGAAGGAGAGAUGUAGAAAAAAAAAUUGUUUUAAAUUUGACCAAACAUUUUUGCACAAGCAGUCAUUCAACAUUUUCAUACCAAAGAAAGGAAAAUACUGCUUCUUAUACAGUAUGGAUGAGUCAUUUUUAUGCUUAUUGUUGUUAGAAUAUUGUUGUUAGAUUGAAGAGUGAUAUAACUUAAUAUAUUAUAUGUUUACGUACCAUGUAAUCGCUAGUUGUGUGUCUGUGGUGUUGAAUAUUGUUCAAUGUUUUUUAAUGUUAACACCCAUGUUAUAUUAUAUAUUAUGUUGCGGUAUAUAUAUAUAUAUUUUUUUUUUCCAAUUUGAUCUGUAUUGGAAAAUAGAAUAGUUUCAAUUUAUAUCACAUUGAAUUUAAAUUUUGCUGUUUUACACGGUACUAUUUAUUAAUACUACAUUAAUUGGAAUAAUUAACACUUUAGAAAAUAAUUUCUUUGUUAGCAAUAAUUUUUAUAAUAUAUCCAGAGACAAGUAAUAUUUUGAGGCAGUCUUUGGUUUUCAUUUCUGUGUUUAAGGGGUGAAUAAUUUUUUUUUUUUUUUGUUGGCCGGUUAUACAAGUUUUAAUAAAUGUUUUUUAUUACAGUCUUAAAUUUGUCUCAUAUAACUAGACUCUAUUAUUUUUUGGGAAUGGUAACAGUCUUAACCAUAAAUGUACAGAAUAUAUUGCCUAUAACUUUUUGCUUAAAUCUUCUGAACAAGAAUAAUUUUUUAUUAUUCUUGAUUACAAAACACACAAUUAUUAGUUAAUUUAUUAAUGUUAAACUUGAAACAUUUAUUUAAAAAAAACAGAAAAUAUACAAAGUGUCUUUUUGAUAAAUCACACUGCAUAGGAAGGAUUUUUCAAAUAUAAUUUCUUGAAGGUAUAUAAAAAAAUUAUAUCUUCCUUCUAGGAUAAAUUUUUUAUUACUCAUAUUUUCAACCUGCUUACAUAUUCAGCGUUCUAGAACUCUGUCCCAUCUU